CUCGUUCUCUCUCUUUUUGCCUGUGGGCGCUUUCAAUAUUUCAUACUAGAUCUCGAACGCUGGGACGUUCCUUCGGCAGGACCGGAAUUUCAACCACUUCAGCUAUCGCCAUGUUCGCUGCUAUCCGUCCAACCCAACCCACGUUCUUGUCUAUCGUCGCUCUUUUGCUCUUGUUUUCGGUUCAAGUUCAUUCUCUCCCUCUCCAAGUUCGACAAACUCCUUCGACCUCAGUAACAACCACACAACGCACAGAGACUGCUGCUGGAGUGCUCAUCGAGACCUGCGAAAUCAUCCUCACCCCCGUCAAGGAUGCCACCGGAGCUGAUGUUGUCGAGAAGGUCACCAAAUGUUCGGUGAAGUUGGAGCCAGUAAAUGCCCCUGUGUCCAGCACGGAAGGCGCGACCACGGAGACGUCACCCGCUGCCACAUCCACCAUUCCUUCAGAAACGACCUCAUCCACCGAAGCUGCCUCGUCAACUGCUGCUCCCACCGAAUCGUCGACUGAGGCACCUCCGGAACCCAGCACCGAAGUUUCUUCAUCUUCUGAGGAGGCUCCUGUGCCAACUGAUGCCCCAACUGAGGUUCCAAUCACUGAGUCCCCUUCAGCAACGGAUGUACCUCCAGAGUCAACUGCUGCUCCUUCUGACGAGGGUGCACCCGCCCCUUCAUCGGAGGCCAUUACCCUAAUUCCGGCGCCUGCACCGACCUCAUCGACUGAGGAAUCAGUGCCCGCAGAGUCAAGCGCUCCUGCCCCAAUCAUUCUUACCCCGGCUACCCCGAGCGCAACAGAGGCUGCUGGUGAAUCGUCUGCACCGGCACCGACUGUUAUUCAAUUGUCGACUGCACCAGCGCCUGAGGGACCCACUGACGCCCCUGAACCGCCAGCUUCUACCGAGGCCCCAGCUGAGCAAAUUCCCGCCACCACUCUCGUUGUCGAACAGCCCGAGUCCACACCCACUCCCGAGGACACCCCGCAAGACGCUCCCCAGGACCCUCCUCAGGACCCUCCUCCUACCGAUAACUCUGGACAAGGACCCGCUUCCUCCGAAUCAGCCUCGACUCCUACUGACGGAACAUCUGCUGCUGCGUCGGAAUCACCUGAACCCGAUGCGGAGGAAGGUUUCGAACUCCCUGGAAAGACGUUGACUGUUCUCCCCAUCGGUCUCGGUGUCUUUGCCGGUAUCUCAGUUAUCGCUCUGAUCGUUGUUGGUUUGGUUACCUAUGAGAGGACUAAAUAUCGUAGACAAUUCCGCAAGCAAAAGCUUGCCGAAGCUGGAGCACCAAUGGGUUAUGGCGGCUACAAUAAUGUUUAA